AUGGUUCUGGGGCUGCUCUCCAACCAGCAACUGUUCCAGAGUGAUCUCCAGCGAUCGGUCCAUCGGUUGCUGCGUAUCUGUCAGCUGUUCGGUGCCGCCCCGUGGAGUGUAACGCUGUUCCAGGACCAGCACCGGAAGCUCUGUCGGCGCUGGAAGCUUCACCUGGUACGCACGGCUAACGCGCUCUAUUCGGUCGGCCUCAUGGUGACCGUCGUCAGCUGCACCGUCCUACAGCACGUGGAGUUCGAUUGCCAGAGCGACUGCAACAACAUGCCAUUUAUGACGCGCAUGCUCUACAUCUGUGAGUACAUCAUGGCGAACUGCGUGGUGGCAAUGGUGCUGAUCGGGUGCCACUGCCAGUACGGCCGGUACGCCAAGUUCGCCGACCAGCUGCUCGCGAUCGCCGUCCAGAUCGCGCACUGUGGCGGUGUGGCCAAUGUCGUUCGGAUCCGUGCGUUCUUCAACCGGCUGCUGGUGGGUGGGGUGCUGUAUUUUGCCGGUGUCCUGCUCGUCGACUUCCUGUACAACGAGCAACAGUUUUGGAACUUUUGUCGCAGCUCCGCCGUCUACACACUCUCGAACGUGAUCAACGUGCUCGGGGUGGUGCAGUACUUUUAUCUGCUGUACUUCGUGUCGCUGCUAUACCACGACAUGAACCGGUUACUGAAGGCGUUCGCUUACGAGUCAAGCCAGAGCCGGUACCCCCAGGCGCACCGCUUGGCGUACCGGUUAUACGGCGGCCCCACCCGCGGGGGGACGACUGCCGGCGAGACCACGGUCGUCAUCCCGUCUGGCUCGCUGCUAGACUAUGCUAACGUGCUCGACUGUCUCCGCAAGGCGCACCUACAGCAAAACAAACUGAUCGAGCAGGUGAACGAUUGCUUCGGGGCCCUGAUCGUGCUCACCACGACCGCUUCGUUCGUCGUGCUCAGCUUGCAGUUCUUUGCCAUCUACCGGGCCGUAACGGCGGUGCGCCCGUGGACAGCCAACGAUACGUAUCUCCUGCUAUACACCGUGCUGUGGAUUGUGCUCCACGUCGCGAAGGUGCUGCUCGUACUCUAUCCGGCCCAUCUCGCGCAAAAGGAACGGGACCAAACCGGGCCGAUACUGUAUCUGUUCAAUCACAACGAGAAAGACAUCCCGAUCAACGCCGUGUUGGCAAAGUUUUCGGCGCAGUUGCUCCACGAAAAGGGCCACCAAACGGCCUGCGGUGUGAUGAACCUAGAAAUGACGCUCAUUAGUACGAUGGUUGGCGCACUGACGACCUACCUGGUCAUCCUGAUACAGUUCGACACAGCUGUAAGUCAAGGCCAGUCCGGGGCCAACUCUUCGCUUGCAACGACCCUCAAGCCACCGCAUGCAACCUAG